AUGGCGGACCGAGGCGAUGGUGGACUUCAAGUUGCAAACUUAAACCGCUCCAUCACGUCGGCACCUGGCCCAGGUCAUAAGAUCGCGAUGAAAUGCAAUCUAGACACUCUUCCUGAGGCACUCAUUUUUGAGAUCUGCAAUCACCUCGACUUGGUCUCAUUAGUGACCCUCUCCCAGGUAAACCAGAGCUUGCGGACGUUAUCCGUGUCCAGGUCGUCAUUCUGGAUCCACACGCUUUCAGCAAGCGGACUCGUGAUUCCAGUAUCAGAGCCGCGACCAAUUAACUCGUUUACACCAAAGGAGCUUGCUGUAGCCGCUCAUCGGAUGGUGUACAUAGAAUCAAAUCUCCGAGCUCCCAUACCGCGUCUACGUGGGUGGCAGAAGAUAGCAUGGCCAUAUACACCUGGAAACGAGGAGAUAAAAGAUGCAAACGAUCGAAACUACGAGACACCAACAGACGCCCUCUAUAUGCACCUCGUGCAUGAUGAUGCAGAGUGGGCAUUCUUUGUUUCAGUCCAUAAUGUGUUACGUAUUGUUCAUUUGGUCGGCGAGGGAAAGAUUUCCAACGUCUGGGACAUGGACAAAUGCCCCGAGGGGGAGCAUAGCGAAGCAAGAGUGACCUGGGCAGUCGAUUUGCGGAAUUGCCAUGAAGGCAUCAUGGUCAUGAACUGUCGCCUCAAAGGAGAAAACGGUUUUGAAACGCCAGGAUUCCGACUUUUGGAUAUUGUAUUGCAUCCCGAGACUGGUCUUGCCACCAUCAAAGCGAUUGGAAGUUGUCCUACGAAGGGAUCCGCCACCCAUCUCAACAUAUCAAGAGAAUACAUACUCGUCGUCAUUCCUUCGAAACACAGUCAUGCCGAUAUUGGGGAAAUAUCACUCGUCCGUUGGAGUGAUAUGAAGCCAGUGAAGAUACCUCAAUUGUACCCAUCCAUUCGUCUCGUGGCGUACGAGGAGUACUUCAUUUCCGUUGGCGUCUCGCCAAAUCACCAAGUAUGGGUACAGAUCGUAGGUCUCCCACCAGCGGACAUGCCACUUCCCGAAGAUUCCAGCGAAUCACUCGAAUGGCUUCCUGUCCACUCUUACCUCCUUCCUACUGUCGGACCCAUCUGGCGCUCACCAGAACGCAUAUCCUGUCGAGUGUGCCACUUGUAUAGUGGGGAACCACGGGGAGAUAUCCAUGUAUGGUUACGACCACUCCAUCGAGGCACACGGUCGAUUUAUACGAUGGAGAUGGAUUUGGAUGCUUUAAGGGUAUCGGCAAAACGAUAUCUCUCUGGAGCGACCGUACAAGGAGAGUCGACAAAAAAGUUUUUUGUUGUGGAAAAGGAGUCGUUCCGAGUGCUCGAAGAAGCUGGGCUGAGACACUUGGUGAUGCCUGCAGCUUCGGGCAAGCGGAUGAUCUGGUGGCGCGAAGUCAAGGGAGACCCAGACGCGGAGGAAGCCAAACCGUACAUCUCAAAUAUGGGACUACUACCUGUAAAGCCAGGGGCGGACAAUGAGUGUUCCCCCGUGGAAACUUUCCAACUCUACCUCUCGGUGAUCGAAGACCUCGCUCCCAUUUCGCAAAUAGAAAAGCAGAGAGGCGGUGAGAGGUUGAUGGUCGACCCAACAAACGAGUACGAAAGGUUGAUGAUCGACCCGGCAAAAGCAAACGAGUACUCGGAGGGCUCGGCUGCGGCUAUCCAGCUUAAAGCGGCAAAGCGACUCGAAAUUCCUCGAGGUCUCGCAUGUCGCGCCGAACAGGUAUACAUGUUUCUGAUCGUGGAAUGGAGCGGCACAUUCCUAGUACAGUUACGAUCAGGAGAUAUGUGGAUUCUCAAAUAUGGAAAACAUUAG